CCUCCCUCGCUCUCCCCGGUAAAGUCUCGCGGUGCUGCCGGGCUCAGCCCCGUCUCCUCCUCUUGCUCCCUCAGCCGGGCGGCGGUGACUGUGCACCGACGUCGGCGCGGGCUGCACCGCCGCGUCCGCCUUGCCCGCCCGCCAGCAUGGCCACCACCGCCACCUGCACCCGCUUCACCGACGACUACCAGCUUUUCGAGGAGCUCGGCAAGGGUGCUUUCUCUGUGGUCCGCAGGUGUGUGAAGAAAACCUCCACACAGGAGUAUGCAGCAAAAAUCAUCAAUACUAAGAAGUUGUCUGCCCGUGAUCACCAGAAACUAGAACGUGAGGCUCGGAUAUGCCGACUUUUGAAACAUCCGAACAUCGUGCGCCUCCAUGACAGUAUUUCUGAAGAAGGGUUUCACUACCUCGUGUUUGACCUUGUUACUGGUGGGGAACUGUUUGAAGACAUCGUGGCCAGGGAGUACUACAGUGAAGCUGAUGCCAGCCACUGUAUACAUCAGAUUCUGGAGAGUGUUAACCAUAUCCACCAGCAUGACAUUGUCCACCGGGACCUGAAGCCCGAGAAUCUGCUGCUGGCAAGUAAAUGCAAGGGUGCUGCCGUCAAGUUGGCCGAUUUUGGCCUAGCCAUUGAAGUGCAAGGAGAACAGCAGGCUUGGUUUGGUUUUGCUGGCACCCCAGGUUACUUAUCCCCUGAGGUCUUGAGGAAAGAUCCCUAUGGAAAACCUGUGGAUAUCUGGGCCUGCGGGGUCAUCUUGUAUAUUCUCCUGGUGGGAUACCCUCCCUUUUGGGAUGAGGAUCAGCACAAGCUAUAUCAGCAGAUCAAAGCUGGAGCCUAUGAUUUCCCAUCACCAGAGUGGGACACGGUGACUCCUGAAGCCAAGAACCUGAUCAACCAGAUGUUGACCAUAAACCCUGCAAAGCGCAUCACAGCUGACCAGGCUCUCAAGCAUCCAUGGGUCUGCCAACGGUCCACAGUGGCAUCCAUGAUGCAUCGUCAAGAAACUGUAGAGUGCUUACGCAAGUUCAAUGCCCGGAGAAAACUGAAGGGUGCCAUCCUCACGACCAUGCUCGUCUCCAGGAAUUUUUCAGUUGGCAGGCAGAGCUCCGCCCCCGCCUCGCCUGCCGCGAGCGCCGCCGGCCUGGCCGGGCAAGCUGCCAAGAGCCUAUUGAAUAAGAAGUCUGAUGGUGGUGUCAAGAAAAGGAAGUCAAGCUCCAGCGUGCACCUAAUGCCACAGAGCAACAACAAAAACAGUCUCGUAAGCCCAGCCCAAGAGCCUGCGCCCUUGCAGACGGCCAUGGAGCCGCAAACCACCGUUGUGCACAACGCUACAGAUGGAAUCAAGGGCUCCACAGAGAGCUGCAAUACCACCACAGAAGACGAGGACCUCAAAGCUGCCCCGCUCCGCACUGGGAAUGGCAGCUCAAUGCCUGAAGGACGGAGCUCCCGGGACAGAACAGCCCCCUCUGCAGGCAUGCAGUCCCAGCCUUCUCUCUGCUCCUCAGCCAUGCGAAAACAGGAGAUCAUUAAGAUCACAGAACAGCUGAUUGAAGCCAUCAACAAUGGGGACUUUGAGGCUUACACGAAGAUCUGUGAUCCAGGUCUCACCUCCUUUGAGCCCGAGGCCCUUGGUAACCUCGUGGAAGGGAUGGAUUUCCAUAAGUUUUACUUUGAGAAUCUCCUGUCCAAGAACAGCAAACCCAUCCACACCACCAUCCUGAACCCACACGUCCACGUGAUUGGAGAGGACGCAGCUUGCAUCGCCUAUAUCCGCCUCACCCAGUAUAUUGAUGGGCAGGGCCGGCCUCGGACCAGCCAAUCAGAGGAGACUCGGGUCUGGCAUCGCCGGGACGGCAAGUGGCUCAAUGUCCACUAUCACUGUUCAGGGGCCCCUGCCGCACCGCUGCAGUGAGCUCAGCCACAGGGGAAUUAAGAGAUCCCAACUGGAGGUUGAACCUUCGCAGCCAGUGGCUCUGGAGGGCCUGAGUGACAGCAGCAGUCCUGUUCGGUUGAGGUUUAAAACAAUUAAAUUACAAAGCGGCAGCAGCCAAUGCACGCCCCUGCAUGCAGCCCUCCCGCCCGCCCUUCGUGUCUGUCUCUGCUGUACGAGGUGUUUUUUACAUUUAAGAAAAAAAAAAGAUUGUUUUUAAAAAAAAAAAUGGAACCCAUACCAUGAUGUGUUUUAAAACCACCCUUGGGCUGGCAAGAAAGCAGGAGUUUGCAUGAUGCCCAUCCUGGCAUGAGCAGUGGGCUCACUCAUAAGCCCUGAAGAGGUGAGCUUGACCUCUGGCCUCCAUGGACUCGGGGGGACCAGGCAAGAACUCUGACAGAACUUACUUUGGGGGCCAUGGUGAUUACAGCCCCUGAAGUGGCCUGCCUGCCCCAGGUCUAGGAAUGGACUUCUUCAUAACUUGCGUAGGUGCCUAGAUUGAGGCUGAUGAGAACACCGUGGCCAUCAGAUCUACUUGGGAGAGAAUGCAGAGCUACCAGCUUGCUGUGGAGGCAGUUGAGAAGCAGUGGCCUCCGGACUGAGGGCCGAGACGUUGUUGUACUGUUCAUUUAGCGUAGAAGGGAAGAGAAUUGGUGCUGCAGAAGUGUGACCGCUACAAAGCCAAUGAGAAACCUCGUGUUAGUCUGACAUGCACUCACUCACUCAUCCGUUUCUAUAGGAUGCACGAGGGCCCUGACCUUGAGGCCCAGUCCCUGCAGCUGGGAAAGGGAAGGGGUUGCUGCUUUGCUUUGUUUGUUUUCUUCUGACUUAGCAAGGAGAGAGCCAGAAAAGGCUCCCCUUGUUGCCUUUGGCAGUUCUGUUUCUAUGCUGAUUUGGACCAUCUAUGUCUUGCCUUUUUCAUAGUUGUGGUCCCUGUGCUGACCCUCAUCUGGGCCUGGGCCCUCUGCCAAGUGCCCCUGUGGGAUGGGAGGAGUGAGGCAGUGGGAUUUAAGAGUUGAUAUUUGUCUCUAUGCAUUCAGGCUGCCCUCUGGGCUACCUCUCUUACUCUUUCCUUGCUGCACGUUCGUUCAUCUCUUUUCCUAUCUUUGACCUGACUGCUUUAGCAAGAAGAGGAGGUGUCCUCUAUAAAGAACUUUACUGACAAACUGAAGUACAGAGUUACUGCUGGACAAUCUGCAUGGGCACCACUCCCUCUCACCUGCAUGUACCUAAAAGAGGUAACCAGAGCCAAGCCUCCUACAUUCAUUGUCCCUCUGUGUGCUCAAGGAGUCUCAUUCCAGAAGGGAAAGAUCUAUAUAAGAGGAUGGGGGGGGGGGGGGUAGGAAAACAAUUGGUCAAGGCCUUGAUUUUCCCUAAAACAAUUGUGCAGGUUUAUCCUCGCUGUGGAGGGUGGAGUAGGGGGAGCACAUAGUUCUCUGCUCUCUGGACUACUUUUGGGAGGCAUAGGAAAUGGAAGAGGCAAAGCUACAGUUUUACCUUGGAGCCAGUUGAAAUGAGAGCAGACUCACAGGUGCUGGUGCUUGGAUUUAGCCAGGGUCCUCCGAGCACCUCAUGCAUGUCCUAAUCCCUGGAUCCUAGUCCUUUCCUGCCCUGCAGCCUGCAGUACCAGCACGCAGACACCUUCACCACAGGGUUUGGUUUUGCUGGCUUGAAGACAAAAUGGUCUUAGAGUUCGUUAAGACCCAUAGCUUCAUAUGCCUCCUCCAGCCCCACUUCUUAGCAUUCUUUUCCUCUUCUGGGGCUAAUGUCAGCAUCUAUAGAUAAUAGACUUAAAAAAAAAAAAAAUCACCUUUUAAACAGGAAAUGGAAGGCAUUUGAUGCAGAAUUUUUGCAUGAUGACAUAGAAAUAAUUUAAAAAUAAUUAGUGUUCUGAAUGUUGAUAGAUCCUUAAUAGCUUUGUUACAAUGAAACCUUGAACUGAAGAUAUUUAAUAAAAUAACCUUUAAACAGUC